AUGACAGUGACAAUCAAGCUAGACCGCUUCGCAAUAUGCCGCUAUUUGCAAGGACCAGAUUCGGUCGGAUUCAACAAGGUAGGAGCGCCUUUGUUGGCCACGAGGAAAAAUGUAGCAGAGCCCGACACAAUGCUAAUGCCUACUUCUAACGAAGACUGUGAGCAGACUCAAGGUAUUCAACAAAAGAAACAAUGUUUAUUCGUUGGAGAUGUUGAACUUACUUUGCGAGGAUACAGGAACUUCUUCAGCAACGAGCCCCCUCCUUGUCGGUUCUCUGCCGCAACACCUUCCUCCGACUGCCGCCGCCAGCUCGCGUAGCGACGAGCAGAGAGAAUAUGAGGAAAUCAAAAAGGACUGGCAAGAAGCAUAUGAUGAUGUUACGUACGACAGAGUGGAUGAGUUUGAACAAGGUAUCCCGCGACUAGCUGCCCUGAUCAGCUCCAACGAAACCUUUUGCCUUUUCCGAGGAUUCUUUCCAUAUGCUUGCCGGAUCCUUCUUCAUCGCGAAAUUGAGUUAGAACAGCUAGUAAAACGGCUUCACCAACUCGACGCCUCUGAUGCCGCUAAUCCUGAGAUGAUGUACAGGCUCAGUGGUGUUGAUCUUACAGAAGGAUUAGAUCCUGAGCAGAAGGAGCUCUUACAACAGAUUGAAAUCAAGAUAAGAGAGUACUAUGACUUUGUUUUGAAGUAUGUUGAUGUGAAGGCCCUUGGCCAGCCAUCACCAAAUAACCACCGCAGCCUCCACACUUGGAUACUUCGGUAUCUUCCUCUGAGGAAGGGCCAUGAUGAUUUCAUACGCCACGUUACGGAUCUGGUCUCAGGAACAAAGAGUAGCGAGCCUUAUGGGCAGCAGGGUAGUCGGCUCGAAGGAAUAAUAGAAGAAUUUGCAAACCGCAGGCCCAGAUCCUAUAUCAAUCAAUUCCUUAAGGUUAAGGAAGAACACAGCAAGCACCAACAUCUCGAAAUACACAUCUACUCUCAUACCCGCCUUAGGAUCGUUGCCAACGUUGUUGCGGUAUGCCUCGCAGUUGGCUUUCUGCUCACUCCCGUAUUCAUUUUGUUCCUGGUCGCCUUGUCUCGUGCCAUGAUGGUCAUGGUCGUUGGCAUAUUCGUGAUUGCGUUUUCCAUAGCAGUGUCGGUAGUGUCUGAGGCUAGAACACAAGAAAUAUUGAUAGGAACUGCAGCUUAUGGAGCGUUUCUCGUCACUUUCCUCGGAAAUAUGAAUCAAGGCUUCGCUCCUGGAUCCUAGUGACUGCUGAAAAUGCAAAGGAGGAGAGGAACAUGAUCAAAUUGAUACAGGUUCAUGGUUUGGUGUGACGCAAGGCGAAAAGUUCUCUUCAUCGAGUGAGCUAGGGUCCUAAUUCGAUUUUCUUUAAUUUUUCGCCGUAGUUCGAAGUUUUGGU